AUGAUUUCUAAUCAUUUAAUUAACAUGCCGUCCUGUUGGCCAUCACCAUUGCAAUUCGUCAAAGAUUUCGAUCGAACAAAUUGUUCAAUUAAAUCAGAAGAAUCGACUUCAACGGAAGAAUUAGAUGAUGAUCAAAACAACGAUGGCGAAGGAGUGUGGAGUCCAGAUAUUGAACAAAGUUUUCAUGAGGCAUUGGCCAUUUAUCCUGCAUGUGGUCGAAGAAAGAUCAUUUUGUCUGAUGAAGGCAAAAUGUUUGGAAGAAAUGAACUGAUUUCUCGUUAUAUCAAAAUGCGCACUGGCAAACUGCGUACACGUAAACAAGUGUCAUCCCAUAUUCAAGUCUUAGCAAAACGAAAGUCUAAAGAACUUCAUUCGUUAUUCAAAGAUACAAGUUUUAAAGAUUCGCAUCGAACGUUUCUUCUCAAUCAACACUAUCAACAAUUACGUCAUACAACAACAUCAAAUGCAACACCAGACAAUUCUUCGCCCUAUUAUAAUCCACCUGUUUCCAUUUUUUCACCUGCGACUCCCACGUCAUUUUUUGAUUUGAAAUCCUUCACACCGUCAUCAACUGCUGAUUUUCGAUCAACAGCUCAUACUCAUUGCAUCAACUCGAAUCGAUUGAAAUUGGCUGAACUUGCCGGAUACAUCCAAUUCAAAUCCAACUUCAAUUCGAAACACUAUUUACUUCAUGUCAGUGAAGAAGCAGGAACCGAUAUGAAGCCUGAAAGAAUCAAAAUCAACCAAAUCAUGGAUUUAUUUCCGAUGUUAAAAGAUCUUUAUCGGAAAGAUUUGGAAGAUAUGUUCUAUGUUGUCAAAGUUUGGGUCAAUAUGGAUUAUGAUGAAGAUCCAACAGAUACAUUUCACCAUUAUUCUGUUUUUGAAAGUUUAGAAAACAAUCUGAAUAUUACAAUAACUACAAAAGUUUGUUCAUUUGAAAAGACAAUUGUCGAAAAAAUCGAGAACGGCACAAUGAAAUAUGAUGAAAUAAUGAAUAAAACUCUCUAUCGUUCGACAGAUACAUCAAUGUGUACAUUUAUGGUUGAUUUCAUAAAAAAACUCAAAACAGGAAUGUAUAUGCGAGACAUGAUGAAUGCUGUGCUUGAACAUUUGGGUGUUUUGCAAACGGUAGUGAAUAAAGAUACAAAUGAAUUACUUUUAUGUAUUGCAUAUAUAUUUGAAAUAAGCGAAUCAACAAAUGGAACACAAUCGGCUGCUUAUCGUUUAUGCGAAUGA